AUGGAGAGCGAGCUAAAAAAACCGGACCAAAUGGAGACCGAAAAAAAAAUGGAGUUGAAGAUGGAUAAGCUUAAUCUUUCGUCCUCUUCGGACAGUGAUUCCAGCGACAGCGAGUCGCAAGCGCCCAAAAGUAAAACCAUUACAGACAGAGGUGAGAUUGUGGAAAAAUACUCCACCUUUAUCAAUGUGGAGCCCAUGAAGAAAGGUCCCAAGACCACCAGAGAUAGAUCAAAUCGUGCCACAGUGGAACAAGUCUUGGACCCGCGGACCAUGCGUUUUCUUGCCAAGAUCAUCAAUAAAGGCAUCAUCUCGCGCAUCAAUGGAUGCAUCAGCACAGGCAAAGAAGCGAAUGUGUAUCAUGGCGACCAUGAAGACCCUGCAAUCUCCACCAGAGAGUAUGCGGUGAAAAUCUACAAGACAUCGAUUUUGGUGUUCAAAGACAGAGAACGGUACGUGGAUGGAGAAUUCCGGUUCCGCAAUACCAAGAACCAGAGCAAUCCGAGAAAAAUGGUCAAGGUGUGGGCCGAAAAAGAGUUCCGUAACUUGAAAAGAUUGUACAUGAACGGUAUCCCAUGCCCAGAGCCCGUCGAACUCAGAUCCCAUGUUUUGGUGAUGGAAUAUUUGACAAAGGGAAACGCCCAGCCUUCACCAAAAUUGAGAGACCACCCUUUCAAGGACAUCAAUGAAAUUGUGCAUUACUACCAGCAAAUGUUGUUCUACAUGAGAAGAAUGUACCAGACAUGUCGACUCGUGCAUGCGGACUUGAGUGAGUACAACUCCAUUGUUCACCAGGACAAGUUAUACAUUAUUGAUGUGUCUCAAUCUGUGGAACCAGAGCAUCCUAUGGCACUCGAUUUUUUACGGAUGGACAUCAAGAAUGUCAACGAUUUUUUCUCACGCAAGAACAUCAAUGUCUACCCUGAAAGGUUGCUCUUUAAGUACAUCACAGAAAACAACUACAAUCUUGGCUUAACCGACGAUAGUGACGAGCUGUUGGGUAAGUAUUUGGAGGCCCUACCUUUGAAAAGUGAGCUUGACGAGUCUAAUUUGGAAGACGAGGUUUUCCGGUCGUUGCAUUUGGUUAGGUCGCUUAACCAUUUGGAAGAGAGGGACUUUGAGAAGUUUGCAGAGGGAAAAGUUGACACACUCACGGAUCUCGUGGUGCAAGGAGAGCAACAAGAGACGGAUUCGGAGGAAGAGUCAUCGGAAGAACUGAGCGAUGAUUCCGGGAGCGACGAAGAAAGCGAAGACGAAAAACCUGCCAAAGAAUGGGUUGAGAGAGAUCUGGUUUUGAAGGGGAAGAAGCACGAGGACAAGGAAAGCAAGAAAUUGCGCAAGAGCGAGGCCAAAGCGGCCAAGGCCGAGAAACGGAAAACGAAAAUGAAGAAACACGUUAAAAAGAAGUUGGUGAACAAGCGGAAGACGCCUUAG